AUGAAGAGAUCUGGGAGACACGAUAGCGCUUCUGAGGAAGAUCUCGAAGAAACGUCAAAUUGGGAGGCUUUUUUGGGCGAGGAAACGUUGAAUCAGUUACAGAAAGCGAGUCAUGGUGGUUUGGCAACGGCGCUGUUGCAGGAGGAACCGUUUGCAAGGUCUUUGUUAUCUAGUUGGCAUUAUCAGUAUGUGAUAUCGUGGCUGUAUAAGGUUGCGGAUUCGUACGUGACCGUGAAUUGGGUAGAGGGGUUUAAACCUAUGUGGAGAAAUAUCAAGUUUGAUGAAUUCUUGUUGUUAGAGGACUUGAGAACAGUUGAUAAAUUGGGUCUCUUGGGUGAGCAUGAUGAAGGGUCGCUAUAUCGAGCCAUUAGGUUGCAAUUGUUGAAACAGAUGACGAACCACAAGGCGAAUAAAUUACAAGACUGGGAUGCUGUGUUGAAUCAUCAAUUAGGCACGAACACGAAUUUCCACGAACUGUCGGUUUUUGACCAAUUGGAGACAAUAUACCGUGUUAUCAAGAUUAUAGAGUCCAAGAGCCUUGUGUUUAAAAAUUACUUGUCAAGUAAUUUGGACUUGUUCCAAUUCGCCGAGUAUACACUGGACGAAAACCGUUCACUUUUGGUUCUGCCAAAUGUCGGUGUAGUUGUUGAAAAGACUUUGGCAAGACCAGAGGAAAUUAGCUUACACGUACCAGUGAAAUUGGAGAAUUGCACGGUAAAAUACUGGGAUGAGAAAACGCAAGUGGUUGAACUGAUUCAUCUGGAUUACUCUAAUGCAAUUCAGGAUUACUUAGAGUCAUUUAAAGUGCAAUAUAAUGUGCUGACCAAGGGCUGGAACGAGUUUCUGGAAUGGUAUGCACGUGAACCAAAUAUGAUAGACUUCGACGAAUGGAUACCGAUCUACGCUGAGCAUCAAUUGCACGUUAAUCGUCUGAUUGCACACAGAGAGAAAGAACGGUCAAUGGCCGAACUACUGGUGACUCGCAAGAGGUCGUCUAGACUCGUAGCACGCGAAGAAGAGACCAGACGCAGGGACCUAGAGAAUAAGUGGUACGAAAAACUGGAUGAUAGAGACUUCUUCCUCAGAACUCGCGCCAAAGUGGUUGCCAAGCAAUUAAAGCGAAUCAAAGACUCCUUAUGGAGCCAAGUAUGGCAAAAUUUCGAAACAGACCUGAAAGAACUAAAAGUACAAAAGAGACACGAACUUGGGGAACCGGAGCAACCAGCUAGGGAUGACGAGCUCACCAAGCUGGACUUGCAAGUGAUACAAGACGGACCUCGAUUCACUAAACGUAUCAUACCGUCGCCAGCAGCGAGAGCCAAGAUCACCACGCCCACAGAGAUGCCCUCCGAGCUUUGUGUCGACCAGCAAGAGCUCGAUGAACUUGAAAGCUUUGGUAUAGCUAUCAAUGGCGAACACCCGGACGAUAGAAGCUGGGUCUUCCAUUGUCCUAACGAGCCAGAAAUACCACCACUUGUAAUUACUAACAUUGACGAAGAAGAGGCUGCGUCUCAAACACACGACAAUUUACUAAGCAAGCCGAUCAUUCGCUGUGAUAUGUGCCUCCAAUGGCAGCAUUGGGACUGUGCUCAGCAAGAUUUAGCUUAUCAGCCAGCGCAUAGAGACUAUGCCAUCGUACAACUUGGUAACUACGCCGCCAGCCGGCGCUCAAGCCGCAAACAGCCACAAGAACAAGUGUACACACCACCCGUUGAUAAGGUUCCGCCGAUCGCAGACUCACCAGCGUUCAUAUGUCGCUAUUGUGCAAGUGAUGCCGAGACCCAACUACGUUCUCAAUUUGCACAAGAGCUACAGGCCUCGAGACUCAACGCAAAACGCCAACAAGAAGAACUCGAACGAAAGAGACUACUUAAAGAGCAUAAGAAGCAGCAACAACAGCUGGAGCUUGAGACUCCAUCACAUGAGUUGCACAUGCCCUUCACGUGA